AUGCCUGGGUCGUUAAGCUAUGAAGACGAGGGACAAGACGACAUGGAUUUUGAAGACGAGAUACCAGGUGAGGGAAUGAAGUAAGGGGAGGGGGAGUUUCUGCCCUGAAGAUAUUUUGCGCUGCUAUACGCCUAGUUGAAUGUGGGGGAAAGGGCUUGCCCUACGUUCUAGGAGGAAAGAGGAGGGGUGGGGUGCAGUAAGCAUUCCAAUUUAUUAUUUUAGUACUACCCGUUUUCCUCAGGGGCAUAGGUUUGCACUUGUCACCACUGUUUCAUCUUCAAAUAUGAUAUGGCCGAAUGAAAAGCCGCCAUCUGUGGUAACCUACUGAAAUGACCCGGUCCGAGAAAAGGACAACCGCAGGCAUCAGUGCAUUCUUGUGAAAAAAAUAUGAAAACCACCCGAACUCCAUUUUACUUUGACUGCGAUCAACAUAGAUAGCCUACUAGAUUUUUGUUAUUAGAAUUGGGCACAUGCACAAUUUUGUUGGUGCUGUUUUGAGGGUGCACCGUUUUAUACUCUUACCAUAUAAUGUUUUUGUAUUGUUUCUGUAUGAGGUCAGAAGUUGCACCGAUCGAUCACAUGCUGUGACAGCUGAAAAAAAGGUAUUCGUUAUCUCUAAAUUAAUGUCAAUAUACGUCCCAUCUCACCCAGGUGCUACUGCACCAUUAUCUAAAUUGUGCAGCUGUGUCCCAAUUGUUUUGAGGCUCUUGUCCAAAGUCAGCAGUGGCCGCGGAGGUGCUGGUCUGUGUCUCUGAAGCCACGUGUAACAGGAAAACAAUGGUUCAGAGCAGGGGUCCCAAAUUACAUUCAGCCAUGGGCAGAUUUUUCCUUGAAAGGAUGGUCGGGGGACCGGAACAUAGUUGUAAAUAAUUUGUAAACUGCGAAUUGACUCCAAUAAUUCCUAACAGUGCCUUCAGAAAGUAUUCAUACCCCAUGAUUUAUUCCACGUUUUGUUGUGUUACAGCCUGCAUUCAAAGUGGAUUAAAUAUAUAUUUAUUCUCACCCUUCUACACACAAUGCCCCAUAAUGACAAAGUGAAAACAUGUGUUUGCUAAUUAUUUAAAAUUAAAUACAGAAAUAUAUAAUUUACAUAAUUAUUCACACCCCUGAGUCAACACUUUGUAGAAGCACCUUUUGCAGCGAUUACAGUUUUGAGUCUUUCUGGGAAGUCUCUGAGCUUUCCACACCUGGAUUCUUUGCCCAUUAUUCUUUUCAAAAUUCUUCAAGCUCUGUCAAAUUGGUUGUUGAUCAUUGCGUGACAACCAUUUUCAGGUCUUGCCAUAGAUUUUCAAGUAGAAUUAAGUCAAAACUGGAACUCGGCCACUCUGGAUCAUUCAUGUCUUCUUGGUGAGCAACUCCAGUGUAGAUUUGGCCUUGUGUUUUAGGUUAUUGUCCUGCUGAAAGGUGAAAUCAUCUCCCAGUGUCUGGUGGAAAGCAGACUGAACCAGAUUUUCCUCUAGGAUUUUGCCUGUGCUUAGCUCAAUUCAGUUAAUGUUUUUUAUCCUGAAAAACUCCACGGACCUUAACAAUUACAAGCAUAGCCAUAACAUGAUGCAGCCACCACUAUGCUUGAAAAUAUGGAGAGUGUUACUCAGUAAUGUGUUUUAUUGGAUUUGCCCCAAACAUAACACUUUUAAUUCAGGACAAAAAGGUUUUGUUUUGCAUUACUUUAGUUCCUUGUUGCAAACAGGAUGCAUGUUUUGGAAUAUUUGUAUUCUGUACAGGUUUGCUUCUUUUCACUCUGUCAAUUAUGUUAGUAUUGUAGAGUAACUAUAAUGUUGUUGAUCCAUCCUCAGUUUUCUCCUAUCACAGCCAUUAAACUCUUAACUGUUUUAAAGUCACCAUUGGCCUCACGGUGAAAUCCCUGAGCGGUUUCCUUCCUCUCCGGCAACUGAGUUAAGAAGAAUGCCUGUAUCUUUGUAGUGACUUUGAUACACCAUCCAAAGUGUAGUUAAUAACUUCACCAUGCUCAAAUUGAUAUUCAAUGUCUGCUUUUUAUUUUUAUUUUUUUACCCAUCUACCAAUAGGUGCCUUCUUUGUAAGGCAUUGGAAAACCUCUCUGGUCUUUGUGGUUGAAUCUAUCUUUGAAAUUCACUGCUCGGCUGUGGGACCUCACAGAUAAUUAUAUGUGUGGGGUACAGAGAUAAGGUAGUCAUUUAAAAAUCAUGUUAAACACUAUUAUUGCACACAGAGUGAGUCCAUGCAACUUAUUAUUUGACUUGUUAAGCAAAUGUUUACUUUACAUAACAGGGUUGAAUAUGUAUUGACUCAAGACAUUUCAGCUUAUCAUUUAUAAUUAAUUUGUAAACAUUUUGAAAAACAUAAUUCCACUUUGACAUUAUGGGGUAUUGUGUGUAGGCCAGUGACAAAAACUCUCAAUUUAAUCAAUUUAAAAUUCAGCUGUAAUACAACAAAAAUGUGGGAAAAAGUCAAGGGGUGGGAAUACUUUUUGAAGGCACUAUUUGAGAAAAACAAUAAUUUCAAACCUUGAUUACAUUGGGAUGCUUCUCUAUUUAUGUGUGGGAAUACUUGGGAACAGACUUCCCAAAUUUAAAUCACUAUGAACUCAUUUCCUGGUGAUUUUACAGUCUUAUAUCCAAGAACGAAAAUUAUAUAAAAUUUUAAACGAAAUGCAAUCAAUUGAAUUUACCACAGGUGAACUCCAGUCAAGUUGUAGAAACAUCUCAAGGAUGAUCAAUGGAAACAGGAUGUACCGGAGCUCAAUUUCGAGUCUCAUAGCAAAGGGUCUGAAUACAGUUGCUCUAAACCAGGUUCCCCAAUGGGCGGCCCGCGGGCAAAAUUCAGCCUGCAGGUGAGAGAUUAAUUAAGUUAAGUUUAAUUAUAUAUAUAUAUAUAAAUCUACACACUACCCCAAAAUGACAAAGUAAAAACAGGUUUUUAGAAAUGUUUGCCAAUUAAAAAAUAAAACCUUAUUUACAUAAGUAUUCAGACCCUUUGCUAUGAGACUCGAAAUUGAGCUCAGGUACAUCCUGUUUCCAUUGAUCAUCCUUGAGAUGUUUCUACAACUUGAUUGAAGUCCACCUGUGUUAAAAUCAAUUGAUUGGACAUGAUUUGGAAAGGCACACACCUGUCUAUAUAAUGUCCCACAGUUGACAGUGCAGGUCUGAGCAAAAAUCAAGCCAUGAGGUCGAAGGAAUUGUCCGUAGAGCUCCGAGAAAGGAUUGUGUCGAGGCACAGAUCUGGGGAAGGACACCAAAACAUUUCUGCAGUAUUGAAGGUCCCCAAGAACACAGUGGCCUCCAUCAUUCUUAAAUGGAAGAAGUUUGGAACCUCCAAGACUCUUCCUAGAGCUGGCCGCCAGGCCAAACUGAGCAAUCGGGGGAGAAGGGCCUUGGUCAGGGAGGUGACCAAUAACCUGAUGGUCACUCUGACAGAGCUCCGGAGUUCCUCCAGAAGGACAACCUUCCAGAAGGACAACCAUCUCUGCAGCACUCCAUCAAUCAGGCCUUUAUGGUAGCGUGGCCAGACAGAAGCCACUCCUCAGUAAAAGGAGUUUGCCAAAAGGCACCUAAAGAAACAAGAUUCUCUGGUCUGAUGAAAUCAAGAUUGAACUCUUUGGCCUGAAUGCCAAGCUUCACGCCUGGAGGAAACUUGCCAUUAUCCCUACGGUGAAGCAUGGUGGUGGCAGCAUCAUGCUGUUGGGAUGUUUUUCAGAAGCAGGGACUGGGAGACUCGUCAGGAUCGAGGGAAAGAUUAACGCAGCAAAGUACAGAGAGAUCAUUGAUGAAAAUCUGCUCCAGAGUGCUCAGGACCUCAGACUAGGGCAAAGUUUCACCUUCCAACAGGACAACGACCCUAAGCACACAGCCAAGACAACGCAGGAGUGGCUUCGGGACAAGUUUCUGAAUGUCCUUGAGUGGCCAAGGCAGAGCCCGGACUUGAAUCUGAUCGAACAUCUCUGGAGAGACCUGAAAAUAGCUGUGCAGCGACGCUCCCCAUCCAUCCUGACAUAGCUUGAGAGGUUCUGCAGAGAAGAAUGGGAGAAACUCCCCAAAUACAGGUGUGCCAAGCUUGUAGCGUCAUACCCAAGAAGACUCAAGGCUGUAAUCACUGCCAAAGGUGUUUCAACAAAGUACUGAGGAAAGGGUCUGAAUACUUAUGUACAUUUGAUUUUUCAGUUUUUUUAUUUAUUUAUUUAUUGCAAAAAUGUGUGUAGACUGAUGAUGAAAAAAAAAACUAUUUAAUAAAUUUUAGAAUAAGGCUGUAACGUAACAAAGUGGAAAAAGUCAAGGGGUCUGAAUACUUUCCAAAUGCACUGUAGUCAUGGGUGUUAUGGAGCAAACUGACUCACAAAAUACUGUACUUUAAAAUGAUUUGUACAAUUUAAUAAAGAACAGCUUAGCUUUAAUAGGAGGAGAGUUCUCUACAAUUUCAGCACACAGUCUGCUAGCCACAACCUGAGGGAUAACACAAUCACUGAUGCAUGUCCCCAAUAACCAAAGACUUGUGGUUUAAAAAGGAAGGGUAAAUGCAUGCAAUUGGCUAUGAAAAUGUGUAAUUAAAUAAAUCCUUCUUGUUAUGUUUAAGUUGAUUCUUCAUACAUUUUAUAUACACUACCAGUCAAAAGUUUGGACACCUACUCAUUCAAGGGUUUUUCUUUAUUUUUUACAUUGUAGAAGAAUGGUGAAGACAUCAAAACUAUGAAAUAACACAUAUGGAAUCAUGUAGUAACCAAAAACGUGUUAAACAAAUCAAAAUAUUUUUUAGAUUUUAGAUUUUUCAAAUAGCCACCCUUUGCCUUGAUGACAGCUUUGCACACUCUUGGCAUUGUCUCAACCAGCUUCAUGAGAUAGUCACCUGGAAUGGAUUUCAGUUAACAGGUGUGCCUUCUUAAAAGUUAAUUUGUGGAAUUCCUUUCCUUAAUCCAUUUCAGCCAAUCAGUUGUGUUGUGACAAGGUAGGGGGGUAUACAGAAGAUAGCCCUAUUUGGUAAAAGACCAAGUCCAUAUAAUGGCAAGAACAGCUCAAAUAAGCAAAGAGAAACAACAGUCCAUCAUUAAUUUAAGACAUGAAGGUCAGUCAAUACGGAACAUUUUAAGAACUUUGAAAGUUUCUUCAAGUGCAGUCGCAAAAACAAUCAAGCGCUAUGAUGAAACUGGCUCUCAUGAGGACCGCCACAGGAAUGGAAGACCCAGAGUUACCUCUGCUGCAGAGGAUAAGUUCAUUAGAGUUAACAGCCUCAGAAAUUGCAGCCCAAAUAAAUGUUUCACAGAGUUUAAGCAACAGACACAUCUCAACAUCAACUGUUCAGAGGAGACCGUGUGAAUCAGGCCUUCAUGGUCAAAUUGCUGCAAAGAAACCACUACUAAAGGACACCAAUAAGAAGAAGAGACUUGCUUGGGCCAAGAAACACGAUCAAUGGACAUUAGAAUGGUGGAAAUUUGUCCUUUGGUCUGGAGUCCAAAUGUGAGAUUUUUGUCUUUGUGAGAUGCUGUGUGGGUGAACGGAUGAUCUCCGCAUGUGUAUUUCCCACCGUAAAGCAUGGAGGAGGAGGUGUUAUGGUGUGGGGGUGCUUUGCUGGUGACACUGUCUGUGAUUUAUUUAGAAUUCAAGGCACACUUAACCAGCAUGGCUACCACAGCAUUCUGCAGUGAUACGCCAUCCCAUCUGGUUUGGCCUUAGUGGGACUAUAAUUUGUUUUUCAACAGGACAUUGACCCAAUACACCUCCAGGCUGUGUAAGGGCUUUUUUACCAAGAAGGAGAGUGAUGGAGUGCUGCAUCAGAUUACCUGUCCUCCACAAUCCCCCGACCUCAACCCAACUGAGAUGGUUUGAGAUGAGUCGGACGGCAGAGUGAAGGAAAAGCAGCCAACAAGUGCUCAGGAUAUGUGGGAACUCCUUCAAGACUGUUGGAAAAGCAUUCCAGGUGAAGCUGGUUGAGAGAAGGCCAAGAGUGUGCAUAGCUGUCAUCAAGGCAAAGGGUGGCUAUUUGAAGAAUCUAAAAUAUAAAAUAUAUUUUGAUUUGUUUAACACUUUUUUGGUUACUAAAUGAUUCUAUAUGUGUUAUUUCAUAGUUUUGAUGUCUUCACUAUUAUUCUACAAUGUAGAAAAUAGUAAAAAUAAAGAAAAACCCUGGAAUGAGUAGGUGUGUUCAAACGUUUGACUGGUACUGUAUUUUCCCCCAGUGUAUAAAUCAGUUUUGUUCUACACUUAGUGAAAAAAACAUUAGAAACACCUUCCUAAUAUUGAGUUGAACACCCUUUUGUCAUCAGAACAGCCUCAAUUCGUUGGGGCAUGGACUCUACAAGGUGUCGAAAGUGUUCAACAGGGAUGCUGGCCCAUGUUGACUCCAAUGCUUUUCACAGUUGUUUCAAGUUGGCUGGAUGUCCUUUGUGUGGUGGACCAUUCUAGAUACACAUUGGAAACUGUUGAGUGUGAAAAACCCAGCAGCGUUGCAGUUCUGGACACUCUCAAACCGGUGCACCUGGCACCUACUACCAUACCCCAUUCAAAGGCACUUAAAUCUUUUGUCUUGCCCAUUUACCCUCUGAAUGCACACACACAAUCAAUGUCUCAAGGCUUGAAAAUCCUUAAUCAACCUGUCUCCUCCCCUUCAUCUACACUGAUUGAAGUGGAUCAAUAAGUGACAUCAAUAAGGGAUCAUAGAUUUGACCUGGUCAGUCUAUGUCAUGGAAACAGCAGGUGUAUAAUUGUGCAUGCAGCAUGUUAACCGUGCAUGAUGCUUUCAUGUGUGUUUUUCAUAUAGACCCAGCCAGGCUUGACAGUAGUCUAAUGAACUUCAGGAUUGGCAGGGGCCCUUCACAAGCCAUGGAGGGAGAGCUGAGGACCGACAGUACAGUAGCUUCCACUGUUAGCUGUCACAGCCAUACAAUCAUCACUCACUGUCUCAAAUCAUUCAGUUGUCCUUCCCGUUGUCUAAUUUUUUGUCAUGUCACUAGCACAGUCCCUGUGUCUCAGUUUUACAUGUUGCUACUGCAUCUCUUUUUUAUGGUGUGGUCCUUCUCUGAAAUUUAAAGAUUAUCAUGGGCUUUUAUGUGCCUACUAAAGUCAUCCCUGAUUGGUGGGGGCUAUUUUUGGAGACUCCACUGUGAAAGCUGACACCGUUUUUGGUCCAACCUUGUGUGUAUGUGACGUGUGUGUGAUGCUUGCCCAAGUAUAUGUGUGUUUUACAUGGGCAAGCAUCACCUUUUACACUUGUCACCACUACAUUUGUGUUCAACUGCACAUGUAUGUUCUAAUUACACUUUCAUAAUAUACUACUACCAUAUAAUUUUUAUGGUGCGUGAGCAAGAAUAGCAAACUUCAAAGGAACUCUAAUGUUGUAAUGUUACAUCUGCCACCACCAGGCUCCUACUGACUUGCCCUGAAUUGACCCACAGUACAUAGCUAGCUCACUCACACACCAUCACUCUCUACCCUUAGAUCUACACUGCCCUGCCACCAUUUAUUAUCACUAACUUCCAAGACCCAGGAGCAGGGAAGUGAGUUCACAGUCAAUGACUACUGCUCAGACUCCUACUCUUGCUCUGCACAGAUUUGCAAGAAGAUGGCUUACUGAGUAUCAUGAAGUCAUACAGUCUGCUACACUAUGACAUCAUAUCCGCUACUAGAUUGACCAAACUUUGGAGUAAAUGUGUGUGAGUUCGCUUUUGUAUUUCCCAAGACAUGACUAGAGUGGGCUAGAAACACCUUCUCAAUGAGGGGAGAACCCUGAAGUCAAUCGCUCUCCACAGGGCAACAUUAACUGGGUAUUUCCAUAAGGAGCCUGUCAAAGACAGAGGCCCAAUGCGUUUUCCGGCACUCAUGGUCCUCUGUAGCUCAGCUGGUAGAGCACGGCGCUUGUAACGCCAAGGUAGUGGGUUCGAUCCCCGGGACCACCCAUACACACAAAAAAAAAAUGUAUGCACGCAUGACUGUAAGUCGCUUUGGAUAAAAGCGUCUGCUAAAUGGCAUAUUAUAUAUUAUUAUUAUAUUAUAUUAACUUUCCACGAGGGAGAGGGUCAUGAAUCUCCCCUCUAAUGGAACGGUCCAGUGGCCAAGCCCUUGCAGGAAGUUCAGAGCGGUGCUGCCUGCCCACCGUCCACGCUUUAAAGUGGGCACAGUGUGCGAAGUGGGGCUGCGGCCUGGUUCAAACAAGAAGUCUGUGGUUCAAACAGGGCCUGGUGCCAGCUGCCCUGUGACACAUGCCACAUUGAUCCCCCUCAACACCUGGCACAGUCAGAUCCGCACAGCCAGCCACCAGGCUGGUUACCAGGCAGCCACCUCUGGAAGACAUCACAGAGCAUUUAGAACAAUAGCUGCCAGAAUGCCAGAGGCUCCUCUCUGGGAUCACACAUUUAGAUGUGGUGCCUUACAUACAUUCCAUGUGCAGACAUCAUGUGUUUAUCUCAAUUACAUUUAUACAAGUGGCCAUUUCUGGUCAACUUGGUGGUAGAUAAUGGUGGGUGUCACAUAUCAGCAAGGAGGAGAAUUAUAUCAUUUUCUUGAGCCGGUAACAGACAAUUUUUUCUUUCUCAACCUGCCUGUAUUUCAACUGCAUUUCUUCUCCUCAUCUCAGUCAAUUGCAUCAUCAGUGCAUUUGAAUGAACUGUAACAUUAGCUGAGUUGUCGUGAUAAUGACAUGCCUGGCAGGCAGCAAACAUGUACAGUAGCUCAGACAUGAAAGAGCUCCCAUGAGAUACUGCAGACAUGUUGGCCUAUUAACUAUAGCGCUUGAGGCACUAGCACCAUUAUGCAUGUGUAUGAUAGAGCCUCAAUCUACACAAGUGGGAAGAUGCAUCCAGUUUAGUCAGUGGUGAAUGGGAAUGUAUAGAUAGACAAUUAUAUGGGUCUCUCAUUGAUAAUGAACCUUGGAAGCCCCUAGUCUGUGUGGCCCCUCCUGACUAGCCUGGCUAAAUGGAGGAUAAGUUGAUUGCAAGCCAAGGUUUGUGCUUAAGAGACAGGGAACCCCUCCUCCCUACUCAGUGUUCCUCUGGGAGUGGUAGGCUGCUGAAUGACUCUAAUACACUGGCUGCAUAUUUCAUGCCCUCCAGUCUGUGUGUUUGUGUAUGAGGAGUGUGUCUCUUUAUAGUGAUGUACUGUCUACCGUCUGUCUUACUCCUCUGUGACCCACUGUGUCCACACUGAAGUCUGGCACGCCGUAGUACACCGUAGUCAGCAUGCUUCUAUGUAUACAACAACAUUGAGACAAUACAGUUGAUGGAUGACUACAACCCCACUUUGAGUUUUACCUGGCUGACAGGAUAUAAGCUAAAAGGGGAGGAUGGAUAGGUGAUGAUGACUACCAGAAGCCCUAUCUUACAGUAAGAGUAAAAGUUGUGUAUACGUGUAUCAUGUUGUUCUGAAGGCCAUGUUUGUGUUUGUGUGUCAAGUUGAGGAUGAGGAGGGUGAACGCAACACUGUCCCGCUCACACCUCUGGACAGCUUCUUCUCUGAUGACGACUCCCUCAAACAACAGAAGAAGAAGAAACCUAAAAAGAUGGAGGGCAAGAUGCCCAAAGUCAAGAAGAGGAAAAAGGAGGUAAGCUCUAUCAGACUACAAACAUUUUGUGCACAAUAACACACAACCUGUAAGAAGCUACAGUAGAUGUUGUGCCAUAAACUGUAGUAGUCCCUUGAGCAGCCAUUCAUAUUGGCUAGGAUUUAACUACAAUUCAAUAGUCUUUGUUUCUUGGACUAUCCUCGAAUCUCAACGAGAAACAGUAGAGUGUCUUUGGUUUAGGGCCAUGAGUGCCAGUGUAAGCUGUGGGCUUUGAGUGCCAGUGUAGACUGUGGAUCAGGAGGAGUGCCUGUGCCUGUGGUAGUCAACAUGGACGGUAGGUUAGGAGUGCUAGAGCGUGUGCCAGUGGGUGCCAGUAACAGUGUUGUAACAGAGCUGUUCUGACAGCUGAACUCUCCCAGGCAUUAGUUCCUGACAUUCAGGCAACAGGCUUUAAACAGCAGCACUGAGCUGGGACUCUCAAUAGACUACACCACAACCAUUAUAUCAAAACAGACAUCAAACAACUCCUGAAUUGUAUUAGUUUCCAUGGCUGCUCCUUAGAUUAUUGGCUAAUUGAGGUUAACCACUAAGUGUGCCUUGAAAAAUAUCAUAGUAGAGUCAGGGGAAAGUGUUUGGUGUAACACGGUUACAGUGAGCCAGGGGAAAGUGUUUGGCGUAACACAGUGACGGUGAGCCAGGAGAAAGUGUUUGGGGAAACACAGUGACAGUGAGCCAGGAGAAAGUGUUUGGGGAAACACACCCACAUGAAAUAAUACUACAGUUUACUAUAGAAUACUACAGUACUUACUAUAAAAAUAUGUAGUAAACUAAACUGUAGUAUAUUGUAGAAUACUAUACUACACACUGUAGUAUCCCUCGAUGUAGUACUUACUAUAGCAUUUUGUAGUAUACUGUAGAAUACUAUAAACACUACAGUAUUAUCCCCCCAAAAACACUGCAGUAAAUACUACAGUAUACGACAGUCCACAAAAACACUACAGUAAAUACUAUAGUAUAUACAACAGUAUGCUACAGUAAAUACUACAGUAUUCACUCUAACGUGACUUAAAUCCGCAAAAACACUACAGUGACAACUAUAGUAUUUAUACCAUAGUAUACUAUAGUAUUUUCUUAUGUGGUUUUCCCUCUGUCAUUUGAGGGCCUUGCCCUUUAUACAGUUUGUGUUGGCUUUGUGUUGCCUGUUGCUCAUCUGUGUGUCCUCUGCCUGGGUUUGGGAUUGACCAGUGUUCUGAAUAGUGGCGGUGACAGAGCGGGGAUGUCCCUGUCCACGGCUGCCAGCGGCACUAGAAGGAGCUCUGGUGGCCCUUUGGCUGGCCGCGAAAAACACAGAGCACUGGACCCUGUCAUGCUAAUGAGGGGUCCCCCCUCUCUUUCCCCUCUGUCACACUCUCUCUUUCUCUCAAUCACUCUCUUACCAUGCUCAGUUCACAAGCUCUGCUCGACAGUACACUGUACAUGUUCAUAGGGCAGCACUCCCUGCUAAGGGAAACCACGACUAGCUGUUAUUCACUUAAAAUCUCUCCCCAAAGUCUAGUGUCAGACAUGGGUCACGGAUCAAUGGAGGUUACAUCCCCACCAGUGGGCCUCUCUCCCCCCAGGUCAGUCUCAGAGCUGAGGGAAGGAGCCAGCUGUGCUCAGACUCCCUCCAGCAGGGCCCGAGCACGCCACAGGAGAGCUGUUAGUACUGAUGACUGGCUAGAUCUGUUUUAAGGAGAGAAAUCCCUUUAGGGGACUGUGCAUGUUGAUAGUAAGCAGUGUUUUUUUCACACUGUAUAAUUGUAAGGCUUGGGGUGUUUAAGGUAUCGUGAGGAUACGUUUGUAUAUUCAACCUGACAUUUAUUUCUGACAUAAUGGCUGAACAUUGUAAAAUUAGUAUCUACUAAUUUAAUUUAGUUCUGAAAGUCCUUAAUUCAUCCGAAAUGAAGGUGAUACAAAGGGAAUACAUUAUAUAAAGGAAUAAACAAUUGGAAUUUUCUUUAAGACUUUCUUUCUUUUUCCUGAUCUCCCAGCAGAGUCCUCCUCUUUGUUUCCACUCUGAUCUUGUGCCCUGUGAUGUGUUUGUGUAACAUUGAACCCUCUGCACUGUGCAGUCAGUGGUUGGGUUAAGACUCUUCUCUGUAGUUACUCUCUCUGGAUUAACAGUGGUUCUGGUUCCCUGCCUCCAUCACCCCCCACCCCUUUUUCAUUUGAACCCCCCACACUCAUUCUCUCUCCUUCUCCGUAUGCAUAAAUGAGAUUUGUCUAGACGGGCGCUGGAACACAGGCUCUGCAACCACAGGGCUCUGCAUAACAAGCUCGUUAUGCAAACGUGUCUGAUUGGAUGGCGCUGUUCCAUUGGCUGCUGCUGCUAUAGAGUGAGGGGGAGAGAGAGGAACAGAAAGGGGGAGAGAGAGGGGAAGAGAGAGAGAGAGAGAGGGGGAGAGAGAGAGCUCCAGACUGCACGGUUUGGUCGCCAUAGCAACACAGACGGACUGGCGAUGGGGUUGGCAGGCGCUGCGGCAACAUGAGCCUUUCCUCUGCGCUGCAGAGCGAGACGCCUGCGAGUCUCUCCAUGGAUCCACACAGGCCUACUGUGCAACGUUCAUGCACGCACACACAAACACACGCACGAGCGCGCAUGCACCCACGCAUACAACCCAAUGCCAUGCCAGUGCUCACUCAUACGCUCCAUCUAUAAACGUUCAACUGCGUAGCCUUCCAGAUGUUGCGAUAGCAAGGCCAUGGAGACAAUACUUAUACAAUAUAUGCCCUAGUCUUAUUGACUGGCUAGGAGGGGGAGAUGUGAUUGGCUGGGCUGCUGAAGGUGUAUGUUGCUUUGUUGUUGCUGUUCUCUAUGUAAGCAGCAUGUUUAAAGUUGAACGUGCCUCUGAUGAUGCCUUCUAUGGAGCUCUCAACAAGCUGGGAGCUAGAUAUUAACUCAGUUGAUUAAAUGUUAAUUGUUAUCCAGAUUGUAUGGGGGUGGAGGAGUAGGAGGUCAAGUCAAGAACAACAUUAUUCAUGUGUUUUGCUGUAUGCUCUUUCUCCCUCUUUCCUCUUGAAAUACAAAGACUGUGUACAGUUGAAGUUGGAAGUUUACAUACACUUAUGUUGGAGUCAUUAAAACUUGUUUUUCAACCACUCCAUACAUUUCUUGUUAACAAACUAUCGUUUUGGCAAGUCGGUUAGGACAUCUACUUUGUGCAUGACACAAGUAAUUUUUCCAACAAUUGUUUACAGACAGAUUAUUUGACUUAUAAUUCAAUUCCAGUGGGUCAGAAGUUUACAUACACUAAGUUGACUGUGCCUUUAAACAGCUUGGAAAAUUCCAGAAAAUGAUGUCAUGGCUUUAGAAGCUUCUGAUAGGCUAAUUGACAUAAUUUGAGUCAAUUGGAGGUGUACCUGUGGAUGUAUUUCAAGGCCUACCUUCAAACUCAGUGCCUCUAUGCUUGACAUAAUGGAAAAAUCAAAAGAAAUCAGCCAAGACAUCAGAAAAAAAAUUGUAGACCUCCACAAGUCUGGUUCAUCCUUGGGAGCAAUUUCCAAACGCCUGAAGGUACCACGUUCAUCUGUACAAACAAAAAUGCGAAAGUAGAGCGACUUACAGUUAGCGCAUACAUUAUUUUAUCGAACCCACAACCCUGGCGUUGCAAACGCCAUGCUCUACCAACUGAGCUACAUCCCCUGCCGGCCAUUCCCUCCCCUACCCUGGACGACGCUGGGCCAAUUGUGCGCCGCCCCAUGGGUCUCCCAGUCGCGGCCGGCUACGACAGAGCCUGGAUUCGAACCAGGAUCUCUAGUGGCACAGCUAGCACUGCGAUGCAGUGCCUUAGACCACUGCGCCACUCGGGAGAGACAAAAUGGGACCACGCAGCCGUCAUACCGCUCAUGAAGGAGAUGCGUUCUGUCUCCUAGAGAUGAACGUACUUUGGUGCGAAAAGUGCAAAUCAAUCCCAGAACAACAGCAAAGGAAGAUGCUGGAGGAAACGGGUACAAAAGUAUCUAUAUCCACAGUAAAACGAGUCCUAUAUCGACAUAACCUGAAAGGCCGCUCAGCAAGGAAGAAGCCACUGCUCCAAAACCGCCAUAAAAAAGCCAGACUACGGUUUGCAACUGCACAUUGGGACAAAGAUCGUACUUUUUGGAGAAAUGUCCUCUGGUCUGAUGAAACAAAAAUAGAACUGUUCGGCCAUAAUGACCAUCGUUAUGUUUGGAGGAAAAAGGGGGAAGCUUGCAAGCCGAAGAACACCAUCUCAACCGUGAAGCACAGGGGUGGCAGCAUCAUGCUGUGGGGGUGCUUUGCUGCAGGAGGGACUGGUGCACUUCACAAAAUAGAUGGCAUCAUGAGGAAGGAAAAUUAUGUGGAUAUAUUGAAGCAACAUCUCAAGACAUCAGUCAGGAAGUCAAAGCUAGGUCGCAAAUGGGUCUUCCAAAUGGACAAUGACCCCAAGCAUACUUCCAAAGUUGUGGCAAAAUGGCUUAAGGACAACAAAGUCAAGGUAUUGGAGUGGCCAUCAAUCCUAUAGAAAAUGUGUGGGCAGAACUGAAAAAGCAUGUACGAGCAAGGAGGCCUUCAAACUUGACUCAGUUACACCAGCUCUGUCAGGAGGAAUGGGCCAAAAUUCACCCGAUUUAUUGUGGGAAGCUUGUGGAAGGCUACCCGAAACGUUUGACCCAAUUUAAACAAUUUAAAGGCAAUGCUACCAAAUACUAAUUGAGUGUAUGUAAACUUACAUUUACAUUUACGUCAUUUAGCAGACACUCUUAUCCAGAGCGACUUACAAAUUGGUGCAUUCACCUUAUAAUAGCCAGUGGUACAACCACUUUACAAUGUAUUUUUAUAUAUUUUUCAAAUGUUAACAUUUUUAAUUUUUAGAGUAUAUUUUAAAUUUUCAUUUGUUUUAUAUAUAUAUAUAUAUAUAUUUUAAAUGUGGGGGGUGGGGGUAGAAUGAUUACUUUUAUACUAUCCCAGGUAUUCCUUAACUUCUGACCCACUGGGAAUGUGAUGAAAAAAAAAAAAGCUGAAAUAAAUCAUUCUCUCUACUAUUAUUCUGACAUUUCACAUUCUUAAAAUAAAGUGGUGAUCCUAACUGACCUAAGACAGGGAAUUUUUACUAGGAUUAAAUGUCAGGAAUUGUGAAAAACAGAGUUUAAAUGUAUUUGGCUAAGGUGUAUGUAAACUUCCGACUUCAACUGUAUGUUAGUGAUAUUUGCUUACUCAUCUGUCUGUGUAUAAAAUGUAUCCUGAUUGAUUGACAGACAGAGGGGGUGGGAUUGUAUACUGUAAACAAUGUGUGUGUGUGUGUGUCAGGGAGGAGGAGGUGGAGGAAUAGGAGUUGGUGACAAUGACCCGGAGGAGCAGGCCUCAGAGCGGGACGAUGACCAUCCACUGCAGCGUCCAGAGAUUGGCUCAGAGAGCGAGAGCAGCACCUAUGCCCCCGCACCCACCACAAAGAAGAAGAAGAAGAAACCUAAGGAGAAGAAAGAGAAGAAACCCAAACGGAAGAAGAGAGAAGAGGAGGAGGAUGACGAUGAUGAUGAUGAUGAUGAUGAUGAUGAUGAUGAUGAUGAUGAAAAUAAUAAGGUACAGUAAGCGUGUCUCUGUUAAAGCAUCUCUGUGUAGUUUGACCUGUAUUUGUGUUGUCAUAGACUGAAAUCUUACUUGUGUUGUUCUGUCCCAGGAGCCCAAGUCGUCCAGCCAGCUGAUGCAGGAGUGGGGUCUGGAAGAUGUGCAGUAUGGCUUCACAGAGGAGGACUAUACAACCCUCACCAACUACAAGGCUUUCAGCCAGUUCCUCAGGUACUCUACAUGUAGGGUCAUCAUUUAUUGCUUGUCUUGUCUAUGGAUGACUGUCAUGGCUUUGUUGCUUAGUUGUUGCUUGAAUCUAUCCAAAUAAAAACUGCAUAGAGAAACUGGAGCAGUGUGGUGAACACUGGACCUUUUUUUAGAGAGAGGGGGAGGGGAGGGGAGGGGGGAGAUGGAGGCUGAGGCUGUGUGUGACAGCCUGGACGUUCAGAGACUGAAUGUAUUGACCUGAUAUCUUAGAGAGGCCACUGUGCCAAACCACAAGACACUGGCUGAUAAAUCACAAACAUGCCACGCACACAACACAGAUGGGUCACCACUAGUUCUGGGGAAUAAAGAUACAGGUCACUCUAGUGCAGAUUGUUAUAUAAUUAACUGAGAAAAUAACAAGGUAAGACUACAGUGUUCUUUCUCUUUCCCUGACUUUUCUCAGGCCACUUAUUGCCAAGAAGAACCCUAAGAUCCCCAUGUCGAAGAUGAUGACAGUGUUAGGGGCCAAGUGGCGCGAGUUCAGCGCCAACAACCCCUUCAAAGGCACCUCCGCAACCGCUGUGGCUGCCGCGGUGGCUGCUGCUGUGGAAAUGGUCACUGUGGCCUCGCCCAUCUCUGUCAAAGAGAUCACUACCCUACCAAGCUCUCAGCCUGGGCCAAUCAGAAAAGCCAAAACCAAAGAUGGAAAGGGUAAGGGCUGUCUGUCAAGAAUGUGGUAUAUCAGAAUGUAUAGAAAUAUAGUAAUAAAGUACCCUCUAUACCUAUCUGGUCUGUGCCUGAUCUUGUUGUCCUAUAGGGCCUGGGGUAAGACGGAAAACAAAGACUGUAAAGGAGGUGAAGAAGAAAAGUAAAGGGAAGAAGACCAAAUCAAAGAAGAAGGCAUCCUCGGUAAGGUUUGGAGCGGCACAGGUCUCCUUUCUUACCUUCAGUCACAUUACUAUGACUUGAAUAGAUACAGUAGGUUGUUGUUCCCAAACUCUAGUAUGGAUGAGGUAUGUGCUUAUUGUGUUAGUUAUACAGUUACCAAAAUACUCAUUUAUGGUUUUAUGUCCAAAGUUGAGUGUGAACAUUACUGGCUCUCAUUGCUGAUUGACUGUGAGGUUGUGAAUGACUUGUGUCUGUUGGCAGAGUGAGGAGGACUUUGGACUUGAGGAGUCGGACUUUGAUGAUGUCAGCAUCCACAGUGCCUCUGUGCGCUCUGAUACCUCUGUGAAUGCCAAGAAGAAAGCCCGGAAGGGUCGGAAAAAAAGGAAAAGUAUACUAUUCCUGUUAUCUACACUAACCAGUUCCACUAGUUUAUAUCCUCCCAUCUUUUCAUAACCCUCAUAACCCAAUGACUGUUAACUGCUGUGUGUGUAGACACAGACUACAUUGACUUGUAUCUGAGUUUCCUGUCUUGUGUCCAGGAGAGGAUGGGGAUGGCUAUGAGACAGACCACCAGGACUACUGUGAGGUGUGCCAGCAGGGAGGGGAGAUCAUCCUGUGUGACACCUGUCCCAAAGCCUACCACCUGGUGUGUCUGGACCCUGAGCUGGAGAAGGCCCCCGAGGGCAAGUGGAGCUGCCCCCACUGUGUGAGUAGUACACCUUAACCUUGACUCACUAAACACAACAGAAGUACAUCAUCACUAUCACAUUAUGGCAGAAGUGCAUUGUUACAACAAAUUGCAUUAUCACUAUCCCUCAUCUGUGCAUUCAGGAGAAGGAGGGCAUCCAGUGGGAGGCCAAAGAAGAUGAUGAUGAUGAUGAUGAUGAUGAGGAGGAGGUUGCGGUUGAGGAAGAGGAUGACCACCUGGAGUUCUGCAGAGUGUGUAAAGAUGGAGGGGAGCUGCUGUGCUGUGACACCUGCCCCUCCUCCUAUCAUAUCCACUGCCUCAACCCUCCCCUGCCUGAGAUACCCAAUGGGGAGUGGCUGUGCCCACGCUGCAUGGUGAGUGACAAGUUCUCCAAACAAUCAGUGUUCAGUCAGUGUCACAUGCUCCACAAUGGUCCAGUUGAUGAACCAUGUUAUUUGUGAGAAUGCACUUUGCUCUCCAUUAAUAAAAUAGACUGCUGGAAACAAAAUGAAAGUGUCACCCUCUGUGCAGGCUCCCAAGAGAGAACAGAGAUAGACUAAUGAGGAUAAUACCAUGUUGUCUCACACAACUCUCUUUCCCCCUCUAGUGCCCACCUCUGAAGGGGAAGGUACAGAGGAUUCUCCACUGGACUUGGGGGGAUCCCCCCUUACCCACUGAGGUGCCCCCUGGCCCUGAUGGAGAGAUGGUGGACCCGCUGGUCAAGCCCCCCCUGAAGGGCCACCCGGAGAGGGAACUGUUUGUCAAGUGGGCUGGUCUCUCCUACUGGCACUGCUCCUGGGUCAGCGAACUACAGGUGAGACAAUCAUCUGUCUGUUUGUCUGACUGCUGCUGAGGGGUUUGUCAGAGUUAUCACAGUGUUUGAAAGUCAGCAAUGGUCAAAUAUAGUAGCUUACAAGCAGGGCUGUGCACAGACCUUUCAGGGGGCAGGUGCUCCAAAAAAUAUAGAUUAGACUUUCAUAAUUCAUAUCUAGAAAUUCAUAACAGGCCUACUAACUGCCUCAGUUUUUUUGUUGUUGCAUAUUCCUAUUUAUUUCUGCAACAACACACUCAUCACAAGUUUUAAGCAAUCUAGUUACAGUGAAGAUGAAAUUAUAGUCCUAAAAAAGCUUUCCAGUUUCAAUGACUCACCCAAUGAAGUGCAGCUCACUCGCUGACAAUGGCGGAAGCGCUCGUGCCAAAAGCCUACCUCUCUCUUGUUUUACUUUGUAAAACAAUGUUCGCUCAAAAGGCCAAUUUGGAAGUUGAUAAAAUAUUUUGGUAGCCUACAGGAGACAGAUUAGAGUCUUCUCUUUUCAGCAGUAGCAAUUUGCUUUCCAGCCUGUGUUAUUCCGCAAUUUUAUUUGAAAUAUUAUGAAAGGCCUGUUUUGUCUUCAUGCUGUUCACUGACAGAUCUGCUGCACGUUCCCGACUGUAGCUAUGUCUUAUUAUUGUUAUUGGGCUACACACAAUCCACAGCUUUAAAAAAAAUAAGCUAUUGGCCCUCUGUGGCUGUUCCCUCUGCUACCGCACUGCAAGCGGUACCAGUGCACCAAGUCUGGAACCAGCAGGACCCUGAACAGCUUCUACCCCCAAACCAUAAGACUGCUAAACAAGACUGCUAAAUAGCUAAUCAAAUGGCUACCCGGACUACCUCAUUGACCCUUUUUUAACUAACUCUCUUGCACUGACUCUAUGCACACACACUGGAAUCUACACACACACACACACACACACACACACACACACACACACACACACACACACACACACGCUGCUGCUAGUCAUUUUACUCCUACCUAUACAGUAUGUACAGUACAUAGCUACAUCAAUUACCUCAUACCCCUGCACAUCAACUCGGUACAUGUACUCCCUGUAUAUAGCCAUGUUAUUUUCUACUCCAUAUAUACUGUAUAGCCAUGUUCUUUUUACUCAUUAUUUUUAUUCGUUAUUCACUGUGUCACUAUUUCUAUUAUUAUAAUUUUUAAAAAUCUUAUAUUUAACUCUGCAUUGUUGGAAAAAGACCCAUAAGUAAGCAUUUUGCUGUUAGUCUACACCUAUUGUCUACAAAUAAUAUUUAAUUUGAUUUGAAAUGAUAGGCCUACUCAUGGUGUAGUAGACUAUACAGAAUUAUUUCAUCUCUUUCUGAACAGACAAUAUUUCCAUUUAUCACAAGUUGCUGCAGCACCUCUAGUACACUUCCCGCAGCUAUGAUUCUAUAGUGCUGCACAUAGGCUAUCAGACGACCAAACCCAGUGUUGAUGAUGAUGUGAAUCAAGUGUUCAAGUGUUAUGCUGCUGUGGCAAUACUGUUGAUAUUUACACUAGGUAGCUUGCUACACACACUUGACCUGUGAUUGCAUUUCAAGCCAUGCAUGUUUGGAUACCGGGCGUGCACAAUCUCCGUACAUGACAGACUGGGAAACAACAACAAAAACGGUAUACAUAAAAAUAUAAAUUAUACCACCAUCCAAAAGGGCACUUGGUGAGUGGGAGGGCAAAGGGGCAGGUGCUGGUGCCUGGUAGACCCCUAUCUGUGGACUUGGCUGCUUACAAGACAACACGUCACAGCACAUUGUCACAAAUAUGACAAGAAUAUGGAAAACAACUUCAUAUCAUACUUUUCUGCAGCAUUGUUGGUUAAGCCCUUGUCUCUGUGGUGUGUGCAGUUAGAGCUUUACCACGCAGUGAUGUACCGUAACUACCAGCGGAAGAACGACAUGGACGAGCCCCCUCCGUACGACUACGGCUCUGGGGAGGAGGAGCUGAACAAUGAGAAGAGGAAGAGUAAAGAUCCGCAGUACGCUGCCAUGGACGAGAGAUUCUACCGCUACGGCAUCAAGCCAGAGUGGAUGAUCAUCCACAGGAUCCUCAAUCACAGGUGCUCACUCCAGACACACACUGUCCUCUCCCUGUAGGGACAUUCUCUCACCCGGACUCACACUCACCACUUUACAUACAGUGGAGGAAAGACAGUCAUAUCUACAGCAUCAUUAAACAUUUUGUCCCAGGUUUGAAAUGUGUACAAGUCAUUUUCUUUGUAUUCUGAGAUUCAAUCCAAAAGCUCACAGAGUUGUGAUGGUCAUUGUUACUUGCGUUCCCUGCAGUUAUGAUAAGGAUGGAGAUGUGCACUACAUGAUCAAGUGGAGAGACUUGCCCUAUGACCAGUGCACCUGGGAGGUGGAUGACUUUGACGUCCCUGAUUAUAACAACGCCAAGCACUCCUACUGGGACCACAGGUCAGCUCAGAUCUCACACUUUGUUUUAGCUCUCUCUGUCUCGCUCUGUCUCUCUCUCUCUGUCUCUCUCUCUCUCCCUCUAUCUGUGUCUCUGUGUGUGUGUGUGUGUGUGUGUGUGUGUCUCUCGCUCUUUCUCUCUAGUACACACACAAGCAUUUUUCUUCACAUGAUUUUACAACCUGAGUUGACUAUUUGUUUGUUUACUGGGAUUUGACAGGGAGCAGAUGAUUGGUGACGACCAGCGGCCCUUAGUGGUGAGAAAGGGAAAGAAGGGCAAAGAGGAGGAGAAGAGGAGGGAGAGAGAAAUCCCCCCUGACGCCCCAAUUAUAGAUGUGAGUGACCAUCAUUACUAGGGACUAAAACAUACAGUCCUAUUGGCUUAACAAUCAACUGAUAUACCUCUGGUUGUUCUUUCUCUGUCACUAGCCUACCAUCAAGUUUGAACAUCAACCCUGGUACAUCAAUGCCACUGGGGGCACCCUGCACCCGUACCAGCUGGAGGGUCUGAACUGGCUACGGUUCUCAUGGGCACAGGGCACAGACACUAUCCUGGCAGACGAGAUGGGCCUGGGCAAGACUGUCCAGACCAUCGUGUUCCUCUACUCACUCUACAAGGAGGUGGGUGAGGAGGACAGGCUCAUACAGGACAGGGGUCAAUUUGUUUAGUAUUAAUGUUCUAUGACAUUAUUAAAGGAAAGGUUUUAUUUUUUACAAUCAAAUCUCUAUUUUUGAUGUAAAUGGAAUUUUAUAGAAGGGUCCAGACACCUUUUUCUAUAACAUACCAUUUACAUCAAAAAUAGACAUUUGGUUGUAUAAAAGAAAACGUAUCUUUUGGGUAAAUACAACACAAUAGAAUCAGUACUGAUUAAAGUAAUACAAUUUAUGUUGCGUAUAUUGUCAAAUAGUGUCUUUAGUCAUGACUGAAACAUGUCCUCCCCUCUCAGGGUCACUCCAAAGGGCCAUACCUGGUCAGUGCUCCCCUGUCCACCAUCAUCAACUGGGAGAGGGAGUUUGAGAUGUGGGCCCCAGACUUCUACGUGGUCACUUACACUGGGGACAAAGACAGCCGGGCGGUCAUCAGGGAGAACGAGUUCACCUUUGAGGACAGUACAGUCAAGACAGGCCGCAAGGUCUUCCGUAUGAAGGUAUCCCCAUAAACUACAGUUACAAUAUAUUGAAUCUCAGUGAACAUCGACAAGCAUGUAAUUUACAUAGAAAGGAGAAUGGUUGUCAUAUCUAGAAUCUCUGUUUUUGUCUUGACAGAAAGGCACUGCCAUCAAGUUCCAUGUUUUGCUGACGUCAUAUGAGCUGAUUACCAUUGAUCAGACCAUUCUGGGCUCCAUUAACUGGGCCUGUCUAGUGGUGGAUGAGGCCCACAGACUGAAGAACAACCAGUCAAAGGUAACCCAACACCUCAAAUUAAACCAAUGCAUUCUAUAAAUGGAUGUAAUUGGUCAUUAUUGUCUUUGUCACUGGCAAAUUGUCUAAUAGUCUGUUUCUUAAGAUCUAAAUUCUGAUUUCUUUACAAUCUAUUAUCUAUAUAUUAUCUAUAUUCUCCCUUUUCAAUAUCAUCAACCUUGUAUAGUAUUAUGACUCAACUCUAUUUGUGGCUUGGUUGAGCCUCUAAUGUUGCUGUCACUGUACCUCAGUUUUUCAGAAUCCUCAACGGGUAUAAGAUCUACUAUAAGCUGCUACUGACUGGCACUCCUCUGCAGAACAACCUGGAGGAGCUGUUUCACCUGCUCAACUUCCUCACCCCAGAGAGAUUUAAGUAAGAGCUGUACUGUACCUCCUCCUGUGGCCCUCCAUUUGCCUGGCAGUCUGCCUAUGGGGCCUGCUACCUGCUUCUGUAGCGGAGAGGAAAGACCUACAGGGUCCUCCUUACAGUACUACCUGAAGCCAAUGCUUCCAUUGCUCAUUUUAACAUCAACUGUAAAAGGUGUCUAUAAACUGUUUUCCUGUGUCUGUGCUCUCUCUGUCUGCAGUAACCUGGAGGGUUUUCUGGAGGAGUUUGCAGACAUCUCCAAGGAGGACCAGAUCAAGAAGCUGCAUGACCUGCUGGGCCCACACAUGCUCAGGAGACUGAAGGCUGAUGUCUUCAAGAACAUGCCUUCCAAGACCGAGCUCAUUGUACGAGUGGAGCUCAGCCCCAUGCAGAAGUUAGUUAAUCCUCUUCUAGUACUUUUCUAUUGGACCUCCCAUUGUUGUAUAAAACCUCUUCUGAGUUGGACCCCAGGCUUAAUCCCACCUCUCACCUUUGACUUUUGACCAACAGGAAGUACUAUAAGUUCAUACUGACGCGGAACUUUGAGGCGCUCAACUGCAAGGGCGGGGGCAACCAGGUGUCCCUGCUCAACAUCAUGAUGGACCUGAAGAAGUGCUGCAACCAUCCCUAUCUGUUCCCCGUGGCAGCCAUGGUGAGGGAGGGAGGAAAGAUAGGAGAGGGAGGGAGGGGGAGGAGAGAGGGCAGAGGGGGGAGGCCAUGCUAGAGGCUAAUGGGAAGGACUGAUGUUUAGGAGGACGUGUGUGUUUCUAAAUGUGUGUAUUGUAGAAGUUUACAGGUUGCCAACAUGCAGGUACAGUUGAAGUCGGAAGUUUACAUACACUUAGGUUGGAGUCAUUAAAACUAGUUUUUCAACCACUCCACAAAUUUCUUGUUAACAAACUAUAGUUUUGGCAAGUCGGUUAGGACAUCUACUUUGUGCAUGACACAAGUCAUUUUUCCAACAAUUGUUUACAGACAGAUUAUUUCACUUAUAAUUCACUGUAUCACAAUUCCAGUGGGUCAGAAGUUUACAUACACUAAGUUGACUGUGCCUUUAAACAGCUUGGAAAAUUCCAGAAAAUGAUGUCAUGGCUUUAGAAACUUCUGAUAGGCUAAUUGACAUAAUUUGAGUCAAUUGGACGUGUACCUGUGGAUGUAUUUCAAGGCCUACCUUCAAACUCAGUGCCUCUUUGCUUGACAUCAUGGGAAAAUCAAAAGAAAUCAGCCAAGACAUUUUUUUGUAGACUUCCACAAGUCUGGUUCAUCCUUGGGAGCAAUUUCCAAACGCCUGAAGGUACCACGUUCAUCUGUACAAACAAUAGUAUGCAAGUAGAAACACCAUGGGACCACACAACCGUCAUACCGCUCAGGAAGGAGACGCGUUCUGUCUCCUAGAGAUGAAUGUACUUUGGUGCGAAAAGUGCAAAUCAAUCCCAGAACAACAGCAAAGAACCUUGUGAAGAUGCUGGAGGAAACAGGUACAAAAGUAUCUAUAUCCACAAUAAAACGAGUCCUAUAUCGACAUAACCUGAAAGGCCGCUCAGCAAGGAAGAAGCCACUGCUCCAAAACCGCCAUAAAAAAGCCAGACUACGGUUUGCAACUGCACAUGGGUACAAAGAUUGUACUUUUUGGAGAAAUGUCCUCUGGUCUGAUUAAACAAAAAUAGAACUGUUUGGCCAUAAUGACCAUCGUUAUGUUUGGAGGAAAAAGGGGAGCUUGCAAGCCGAAGAACACCAUCCCAAAUGUGAAGCACGGGGGUGGCAGCAUCAUGCUGUGGGGGUACUUUGCUGCGGGGGUGCUUUGCUGCAGGAGGGACUGGUGCACUUCACAAAAUAGAUGGCAUCAUGAGGAAGGAAAAUUAUGUGGAUAUAUUGAAGCAACAUCUCAAGACAUCAGUCAGGAAGUUAAAGCUUGGUCGCAAAUGGGUCUUUCAAAUGGACAAUGACCCCAAGCAUACUUCCAAAGUUGUGGCAAAAUGGCUUACGACAACAAAGUCAAGGUAUUGGAGUGGCCAUCACAAAGCCCUGACCUCAAUUCUAUAGAAAAUGUGUCGGCAGAACUGAAAAGGCGUGUGCGAGCAAGGAGGCCUACAAACCUGACUCAGUUACACCAGCUCUGUCAGGAGGAAUGGGCCAAAAUUCACCCAACUUAUUGUGGGAAGCUUGUGGAAGGCUACCCGACACGUUUGACCCAAGUUAAACAAUUUAAAGGCAAUGCUACCAAAUACUAAUUGAGUGUAUGUAAACUUCUGACCCACUGGGAAUGUGAUGAAAGAAAUAAAAGCUGAAAGAAAUAAUUCUCUCUACUAUUAUUCUGACAUUUCACAUUCAUAAAGUAAAGUGGUGAUCCUAACUGACCUAAGACAGGGAAUUCUUACUAGGAUUAAAUGUCAGGAAUUGUGAAAAACUGAGUUUAAAUGUAUUUGGCUAAUGUGUAUGUAAACUUCCGACUUCAACUGUACAGUGGGGGGAAAAAGUAUUUAGUCAGCCACCAAUUGUGCAAGUUCUCCCACUUAAAAAGAUGAGAGAGGCCUGUAAUUUUCAUCAUAGGUACACGUCAACUAUGACAGACAAAAUGAGAAAAGAAAAUCCUAGAAAAUCACAUUGUAGGAUUUUUAAUGAAUUUAUUUGCAAAUUAUGGUGGAAAAUAAGUAUUUGGUCAAUAACAAAAGUUUCUCAAUACUAUGUUAUAUACCCUUUGUUGGCAAUGACACAGGUCAAACGUUUUCUAUAAGUCUUCACAAGGUUUUCACACACUGUUGCUGGUAUUUUGGCCCAUUCCUCCAUGCAGAUCUCCUCUAGAGCAGUGAUGUUUUGGGGCUGUUGCUGGGCAACACGGACUUUCAACUCCCUCCAAAGAUUUUCUAUGGAGUUGAGAUCUGGAGACUGGCUAGGCCACUCCAGGACCUUGAAAUGCUUCUUACGAAGCCAGUCCUUCGUUGCCCGGGCGGUGUGUUUGGGAUCAUUGUCAUGCUUAAAGACCCAGCCACGUUUCAUCUUCAAUGCCCUUGCUGAUGGAAGGAGGUUUUCACUCAAAAUCUCACGAUACAUGGCCCCAUUCAUUCUUUCCUUUACAAAGAUCAGUCGUCCUGGUCCCUUUGCAGAAAAACAGCCCCAAAGCAUGAUGUUUCCACCCCCAUGCUUCACAGUAGGUAUGGUGUUCUUUGGCUGCAACUCAGCAUUCUUUGUCCUCCAAACACGACGAGUUGAGUUUUUACCAAAAACUUAUAUUUUGGUUUCAUCUGACCAUAUGACAUUCUCCCAAUCCUCUUCUGGAUCAUCCAAAUGCACUCUAGCAAACUUCAGAUGGGCCUGGACAUGUACUGGCUUAAGCAGGGGGACACGUCUCGCACUGCAGGAUUUGAGUCCCUGGCGGCGUAGUGUGUUACUGAUGGUAGGCUUUGUUACUUUGGUCCCAGCUCUCUGCAGGUCAUUCACUAGGUCCCCCCGUGUGGUUCUGGGAUUUUUGCUCACCGUUCUUGUGAUCAUUUUGACCCCACGGGGUGAGAUCUUGCGUGGAGCCCCAGAUCGAGGGAGAUUAUCAGUGGUCUUGUAUGUCUUCCAUUUCCUAAUAAUUGCUCCCACAGUUGAUUUCUUCAAACCAAGCUGCUUACCUAUUGCAGAUUCAGUCUUCCCAGCCUGGUGCAGGUCUACAAUUUUGUUUCUGGUGUCCUUUGACAGCUCUUUGGUCUUGGCCAUAGUGGAGUUUGGAGUGUGACUGUUUGAGGUUGUGGACAGGUGUCUUUUAUACUGAUAACAAGUUCAAACAGGUGCCAUUAAUACAGGUAACGAGUGGAAGACAGAGGAGCCUCUUAAAGAAGAAGUUACAGGUCUGUGAGAGCCAGAAAUCUUGCUUGUUUGUAGGUGACCAAAUACUUAUUUUCCACCAUAAUUUGCAAAUAAAUUCAUAAAAAAUCCUACAAUGUUAUUUUCUGGAUUUUUUUUUCUCAAUUUGUCUGUCAUAGUUGACGUGUACCUAUGAUAAAAAUUACAGGCCUCUCUCAUCUUUUUAAGUGGGAGAACUUGCACAAUUGGUGGCUGACUAAAUACUUUUUUUCCCCACUGUAUGUUUGUUUAUUAGUGAGAGUUGACUGUCUGUGUGUGAGGGGCUGUGCUCUCUCAUUGGGUUAUUUACUCUUUGUGUAAAUGCAGGAGGCACCAGUGUUACCCAAUGGCUCUUAUGAUGGGAACCAGCUGGUCAAGUCCUCAGGCAAACUCACCCUGCUCCAGAAGAUGCUGAAGAAACUCAAAGAUGAAGGACACAGAGUUCUCAUCUUCUCCCAGAUGACUAAGAUGCUGGAUCUGCUUGAGGACUUUCUGGAAUACGAGGGCUACAAAUACGAACGCAUCGAUGGAGGCAUCACUGGGGGGCUACGACAGGAGGCUAUCGACCGCUUCAAUGGUAAGUUACGCUGCUGUUCUGUCUUUCUCCAGCAGGGUACAGCACAGACAGCACUCAUACUCAAACACUUCCGUACACACUCCAUGACUGUGUGCCUUGAUUUCUACUGCAGCACCGGGCGCUCAGCAGUUCUGCUUCCUGCUCUCCACCCGAGCUGGAGGCCUGGGCAUCAACCUAGCCACGGCAGACACCGUCAUCAUCUACGACUCAGACUGGAACCCUCACAACGAUAUCCAGGUACUGUGGGACAUGGUACACACUAACACAGGCUGCAUAAUACACUGUUGUCUGUAUGCAUUAGAACCAUCACAGUGUUGUCAAUAGUCUCUUUCCAUUUCUCUUCCUCCUUGACUCCCUGUUCUGUUUCUUUGUUUCUGUAUCUGCCUCUCUCUCUCUCUCCCUCUCUCUCUCUCUCUCUCUCUCUCUCUCUCUCUCUCUCUCACCAUCUAUCUGCUGCAGGCGUUCAGCAGGGCCCACCGUAUAGGUCAGAACAAGAAGGUGAUGAUCUAUCGCUUUGUGACGCGGGCCAGCGUGGAGGAGCGCAUCACCCAGGUGGCCAAGAGGAAGAUGAUGUUGACCCACUUAGUGGUGAGGCCCGGCCUGGGCUCCAAGACCGGCUCCAUGUCCAAACAGGAGCUGGACGACAUCCUCAAAUUUGGCACUGAGGAGCUCUUCAAGGACGAGAUGGAGGCGGCCGCUCGGGCCAUGGGUUCCCACCAGAAACUGUGUAAGACUAAUGAUACGCACACUGACUACACUGUGUCACAAUUACAACUAAUAUUUGUAUGAAAAAGUAAAACCUGUUUUGCCAGGAACAUAUCGUAGUUUUUAACUGAUUUGAACUAGAUAUAAACCAAUCUGUGUUCCUCUGAUACAGUAUAUUGUGAUACUUGUGUUUACUCCAGGGGACAUAAAGGAUGGAGAUGAAGGUAGUGUGAUCCACUAUGAUGACAAUGCCAUCUCCAAGCUGCUGGACCGUAGCCAGAAUGCUACGGAGGACACUGAGAUCCAGAACAUGAACGAAUACCUCAGCUCCUUCAAAGUGGCCCAGUACGUGGUCAAAGACGAGGACGCAGAGGUGAAGACACUCCCACACACACACUCAGUCAGCAUUGGAGGUGUCUAUGUCUAGGAGUGGCUCUGUUAUGUAUUCUCACUGUGUGUGUGUGUGUGUUCCUGUGUGUGUCUGUGGGCAUGCGUGUGUUCAGGAGGAGCCCCAGCGCGAGAUCAUUAAGCAGGAGGAGAAUGUGGAUCCAGAUUACUGGGAGAAGCUGCUGAGGCACCACUAUGAGCAGCAGCAGGAGGAUCUGGCCCGCAACCUGGGCAAAGGCAAACGCAUCCGCAAGCAGGUCAACUACAACGACACGUCUCAGGAGGACCAAGGUUUGCCUCAUACUGUACUGUACACUCUGGCCUGCUUUUCUCUUCUGCUUUAACAGGAAUUAUAUGCUUAUUCCACCUCCUAGGGAAAAGUUUAGUGAACUAAGCAUCACUCUAGAGAUAACUCUGGUAACACGAGUGGCAUGCUAUACCUCCCUUUGGUUGUGUGUCUAUAUCUAUAGCAGGUUGCUUGAAAAUAUUGACACAUUUAAAAGCUUGAUUGCUUUAUGUUGGUUUAGCUUUACAGUAUGUAAGUUGUGUAGAGGUCCUCUGUAACACUACCCCGCAUAGUUCAACGAUAGGUAUUUGAGACUGAAGGGGAACCAUUUUAAAACCCAUCUAUAGCAAAAGUACACUCAGAGACGAAAUGUUGAUGAAGUGCACAGUCCACCAGUGUAGUGGCUGGGAGGACAGAGCAGACAGAGGCUCUGCUGCUAGUCAGUAGUAGUCAGUAGAGGAUGCCUGCCCCCUAGUGGAGUAGUGUCAGUGUGCAUGCCCACUGUAGUGGUCUGCAGUGCCAGCACCCCCACCCCCCACCCCCCACCCACCCCCCUAGUGGGCCCCUGCAGAUGUGAAUGCACUGUGCUGUUUCUCUCUGAUCUGAUCUGUGGCUCAGAGUGGCAGGAUGAUCUUUCAGACAAUCAUUCCGAGUACUCCGUGGGGUCCGAGGACGAGGACGAAGAUUUCGAGGAGAGGCCGGAAGGUGGGUGUCAAUGAGACCUGCGUAAUCACUACGUUAUAGAUAACUCGCUCAGUGCCUGCUCUGCUCUGAGUAGAUGGGCCUGGAACCUAUCAUUGGUAAGAUGUUGCUGAGGCACCUGGCUGAUGGUGGGAGUGUUUCUCUGUAGGUGGGCGCAGGCACUCUCGCAGACAGCUGAAGAGUGACAGGGACAAACCUCUGCCACCCCUGCUGGCACGCGUAGGGGGCAACAUCGAGGUAAGGAAGGAAGCAAGCACUCUGGUUUUAAUGUAGUAUACAUCGUGUGUGCGCAUUGAUUUGACAAAUGGGUAUAAUGCCAUGUGCCAGGUCCUGGGGUUCAACACCCGUCAACGGAAGGCCUUCCUCAACGCCAUCAUGCGGUGGGGCAUGCCUCCUCAGGACGCUUUCAACUCUCACUGGCUGGUCAGAGACCUGAGAGGGAAGAGUGAGAAAGAGUUCAGGUAUUUAAAUCUCGUCUUGUAUCCAGGGGUAUUUUAACUGGGAGUCAACGGCAUCUCAACAGUCUACUGUUCACCAUUACAUCCAUUCAAAUGCAUACCUGUCUGUGUAUGAUGGCUCCCUGUCUCUCUAGGGCCUAUGUGUCCCUGUUCAUGAGACAUCUUUGUGAGCCGGGGGCAGACGGGGCGGAGACCUUUGCAGACGGGGUUCCACGAGAGGGGCUGUCCCGCCAACAUGUCCUCACCAGGAUCGGGGUUAUGUCUCUGGUUAGGAAAAAGGUACACAUCAACCAAUCAUUAAAUAACACUCCAUGGUUACAUUAAUAAAACCCACAGAAAGCAAUUUGUUUGCCUCCUAACUGGGAUGAGAAAUGUCUUGUAGCGUAUGUUUAGAUUUAGUAAGGCUGGUUCCCUGCCUCUAGCAUCUGGUUUUAGAUAGCAUGUCUUCAAUACAAAGUAUAGAAUGGUGGAGAAACCCAGUGUCCUCUCAUAGAUUGUUACCUCACUGUUGUCUGUAUCCAGGUCCAGGAGUUUGAGCAUGUCAAUGGAAAGUACAGCACUCCAGACUUGAUCCCACUUGGACUGGAGUUGAAGAAACUGACCGAGAGUCUGUCAUCUGACCCCAACACCCCUGUCCUUGCCAGCCCUGCAGCCACACCCCAGCCUCCUGGCACUCCUGUCCCAUCAGGUCAGAGUCACAUUCGUUUUUUUUGUUUUUUACCAGGUUUGUCUCAUUGAGAUAAAAAAAACUAUUUUCCAAGAGAGACCUGGCCAAAAUAGCAGCACACAGUUUCAGACAUAAUUACAACAUAAAACACAAAGCACUACAGUUUAAAAACAUACAUUUACACAUUGAGCAGGCAAUACAUAUUUGGGGAGGUGUGGUGCAUCUAGGGGUCAAAACAUUGACAGCCCCUCACUUUAUUGUCCACCAUAGAUUUGAGCCUAGCUUUGAACUCAUUCAAGGAGACGAGCUCCUGCAGUUUCAUGUCCAUUUGUAGCUUCUUCCAAGUGGUGACAUGAGCUACACAUCCUUACCUUGACCAGUGUGUGUUUCACUUAUGUUAGUUCGUUAGAUUCAUUAGACAGGAAAUGAGAGACACUGUUGGUGAUUGUUUUGCUGUUUUUACAGAGAAGACGGACUCAAUCUCAGGGCCUACUGAAGACAAGGAGACCACAGAACUAGAGUACAAGAAGCUACCAGAACUGGAGGUCAGAGUUCACUCCUCUUCUUCUGAAAUGUCCCUUUAUUGCCCUGUCUCUUAUCCUUCUCAUCCCUCUCUUUUACUGUCUUCAUACUGUACUUUUCCCUUACAUCUAAUUUUAAAUGUUCUUAUCAUUCAAAACAUAUAACACCUUUUAAUGUAAACGGACUUCUUUCUUUCAACUAUUCUCUCUCUCUCUCUCUCUCUCUCUCUCUCUCUCUCUCUCUCUCUCUAUCCAUCUCUCCAUCUAUCCAUCUAUCCAUCCAUCCAUCCAUCCAUCCAUCCAUCCAUCCAUCGGUGAUGGUUGUCUCUCCAGACUCAUGUAAGAACAGAGUCAUCUUCCCAGGUAACAGAAGGCUCCUGACAGUGAUGAGACAGUGAAGGGCAGCACAGAGGACAAACCAGUCUCCUCAGAGGAGAGUAGUGAAAGGACAGACACACCCUCCACACUUACAGAGACAUCCACCAAUCCUAAAGAGCCUCCAUCCAAACAGACAGAGCUGUCGUCCAAUCAAAGCUCACCAAAAGGUGAGUGGUGCAUUGCAUGGUUAUUAUGAUCCAAUGAGAUGUAAACGGUUAAUGUAUUGGCUUUGGUUUGUCCCACCUCAGAAAAAUCAGUUGUAACAUUUCUCUGUUUUCAUUUGGCCAUGUGUCUGUCUAUGACCCCCUAGCGGAGCCUUGUAGCGAGACAGAGAAGUCCUUAGAUAAAGCAGACAGUGAUGCUGCCCCAGCCAAACCUGAGGAGAAGGAACUGAAGCCAGGUAAAUGCAGAACAGGAAAAACCUGAAAACCUUCUCACUCUUUGAGUAGCAAGAGUGAAAGACACAUUACUGUAUAUUAGUGAGAUAACACUUUUUCCUGAGAGUGGAACUCAAAAAUGGAAUCUAGUCAAUCCAUUUACUUAGUUGUUUCAGAUGAGCCCAAGAGCGAGGACAUGCCAGGUCCAGAGGGCCGGCUGAAUGGUGAGAAAGAAGCACAGGAGGAGACGGAGGACGUCAGGAGGGAGGUGGAGAAGAACGGCUUCAAAAUGAGGUUCAUGUUCAACAUUGCCGACGGAGGCUUCACAGGUGAGGGAUGAGCAGGAGAUACAAAUAAUAUGAUAUAUGCCAUUUAGCAGACACUUUUAUCCAAAGCACUUACUCGUGCAUACAUUUUUCGUAUGGGUGGCCCCAGCGGGAAUCAAACCUACAAUCCUGGUGUUACAAGCGCCAUGCUUUACCAUUUGAGCCAUACAGGACAGCUAAGGUGUAGGAAGGAACACUACAUGUUUGGUCAGGUUUAAUGUUUGUUAUUCUCUGUCAGAGCUACACACCCUGUGGCAGAACGAGGAGCGGGCCGCUGUGUCAUCUGGGAAGAUGUAUGACAUCUGGCACCGUCGCCACGACUACUGGCUGCUGGCUGGCAUCGUAACGUAUCCUUCCUCUGCAUCUUACAGAGCUGUUCAGAAUUCACAGUGCACAGUAAUUCACUUGUCUGGUCUCAGAGGAGCUGAAGUCUUUAAAGCAAUUUGUGAUGUGAAGUUCUUUUUAUAAUGUUUGUUUUCACUGAUGGGGGAACCUCAGACAUGGCUAUGCCCGCUGGCAGGACAUUCAGAAUGACCCACGUUAUGCCAUCCUCAAUGAGCCCUUCAAGACUGAGAUGCACAAGGGGAACUACCUGGAGAUGAAGAACAAGUUCCUGGCUCGCCGCUUUAAGGUGAGACACUUGUUGCUGUCAUACAAACACAUUUGUGAACAUCCUGAAUCUGAAUAGUGGGCGAAACAACAGCAGGCAACUCUCUCUCUCUACUCGCUCUCUCUCUCUACUCUCUCUACUCUCUUUCUCUCUACUCACUCUCACCCUCACUCUCUCUCUCUCUACUCUCUCUCUCUCUACUCUCACUCUCACUCUCACUCUCACUCUCUCUCUACUCUCUCUCUACUCUCUCUCUCUCUCUCUCUCUCUCUCUCUUAAUCUUUUUUAUUUCACCUUUAUUUAACCAGGUAAGCCAGAUGAGAACAAGUUCUCAUUUACAACUGCGACCUGGCCAAGAUAAAGCAAAGCAGUGCGAUAAAAACAACAGCACAGAGUUACAUAUGGGGUAAAACAAAACAUAAAGUCAAAAAUACAACAGAAAAUAUAUAUACAGUGUGUGCAAAUGUAGCAAGUUAUGGAGGUAAGGCAAUAAAUAGGCCAUAGUGCAAAAUAAUUACAAUUAGUAUUAACACUGGAAUGAUAGAUGUGCAAGAGAUGAUGUGCAAAUAGAGAUACUGGGGUGCAAAUGAGCAAAAUAAAUAACAAUAUGGGGAUGAGGUAGUUGAGUGGGCUAAUUUCAGAAGGGCUGUGUACAGGUGCAGUGAUCGGUAAGCUGCUCUGACAACUGAUGCUUAAAGUUAGUGAGGGAGAUAAGAGUCUCCAGCUUCAGAGAUUUUUGCAGUUCGUUCCAGUCAUUGGCAGCAGAGAACUGGAAGGAAUAGCGGCCAAAGGAGGUGUUGGCUUUGGGGAUGACCAGUGAGAUAUACCUGCUGGAGUGCAUACUACGGAUGGGUGUUGCUAUGGUGACCAAUGAGCUAAGAUAAGGCGGGAUUUGCCUAGCAGUGAUUUAUAGAUGGCCUGGAGCCAGUGGGUUUGGCGACGAAUAUGUAGUGAGGACCAGCCAACAAGAGCGUACAGCUCACAGUGGUGGGUAGUAUAUGGGGCUUUGGUGACAAAAUGGAUGGCACUGUGAUAGACUACAUCCAAUUUGCUGAGUAGAGUGUUGGAGGCUAUUUUGUAAAUGACAUCGCCAAAGUCAAGGAUCAGUAGGAUAGUCAGUUUUACAAGGGCAUGUUUGGCAGCAUGAGUGAAGGAGGCUUUGUUGCGAAAUAGGAAGCCGAUUCUAGAUUUAACUUUGGAUUGGAGAUGCUUAAUGUUAGUCUGGAAGGAGAGUUUACAGUCUAACCAGACACCUAGGUAUUUGUAGUUGUCCACAUACUCUAGGUCAGACCCGUCGAGAGUAUUGAUUAUAGUCGGGUGGGCGGGUGCCAGCAGCGUUCGAUUGAAGAGCAUGCAUUUAGUUUUACUAGUGUUUAAGAGCAGUUGGAGGCUACGGAAGGAGUGUUGUAUGGCAUUGAAGCUCAUUUGGAGGUUUGUUAACACAGUGUCCAAUGAAGGGCCAGAUGUAUACAAAAUGGUGUCGUCUGCGUAGAGGUGGAUCUGAGAGUCACCAGCAGCAAGAGCGACAUCAUUGACAUCACAGAGAAAAGAGUUGGCCCAAGAAUUGAACCCUGUGGCAUCCCCAUAGAGACUGCCAUAGGUCCAGAAAACAGGCCCUCCGAUUUGACACAUUGAACUCUAUCUGAGAAGUAGUUGGUGAACCAGGCGAGGCAGUCAUUUGAGAAACCAAGGCUAUUUAGUCUGCCAAUAAGAAUGCGGUGGUUGACAGAGUCGAAAGCCUUGGCCAGGUCGAUGAAGACGGCUGCACAGUACUGUCUAUUAUCGAUUGCGGUUAUAAUAUCGUUUAGGACCUUGAGCGUGGCUGAGGUGCACCCAUGACCAGCUCGGAAACCAGAUUGCAUAGCGGAGAAGGUACGGUGGGAUUCGAAAUGGUCGGUGAUCUGUUUGUUAACUUGGCUUUCAAAAACUUUCGAAAGGCAGGGCAGGAUGGAUAUACAGUGGGGGAAAAAAGUAUUUAGUCAGCCACCAAUUGUGCAAGUUCUCCCACUUAAAAAGAUGAAAGAGGCCUGUAAUUUUCAUCAUAGGUACAUGUCAACUAUGACAGACAAAAUGAGGAAAAAAAAUCCAGAAAAUCACAUUGUAGGAUUUUUUAUGAAUUUAUUUGCAAAUUAUGGUGGAAAAUAAGUAUUUGGUCACCUACAAACAAGCAAGAUUUCUGGCUCUCACAGACCUGUAACUUCUUCUUUAAGAGGCUCCUCUGUCCUCCACUCGUUACCUGUAUUAAUGGCACCUGUUUGAACUUGUUAUCAGUAUAAAAGACACCUGUCCACAACCUCAAACAGUCACACUCCGAACUCCACUAUGGCCAAGACCAAAGAGCUGUCAAAGGACACCAGAAACAAAAUUGUAGACCUGCACCAGGCUGGGAAGACUGAAUCUGCAAUAGGUAAGCAGCUUGGUUUGAAGAAAUCAACUGUGGGAGCAAUUAUUAGGAAAUGGAAGACAUACAAGACCACUGAUAAUCUCCCUCGAUCUGGGGCUCCACGCAAGAUCUCACCCCGUGGGGUCAAAAUUAUCACAAGAACGGUGAGCAAAAAUCCCAGAACCACACGGGGGGACCUAGUGAAUGACCUGCAGAGAGCUGGGACCAAAGUAACAAAGCCUACCAUCAGUAACACACUACGCCGCCAGGGACUCAAAUCCUACAGUGCCGGACGUGUCCCCCUGCUUAAGCCAGUACAUGUCCAGGCCCGUCUGAAGUUUGCUAGAGUGCAUUUGGAUGAUCCAGAAGAGGAUUGGGAGAAUGUCAUGUGGUCAGAUGAAACCAAAAUAUAACUUUUUGGUAAAAACUCAACUUGUCGUGUUUGGAGGACAAAGAAUGCUGAGUUGCAUCCAAAGAACACCAUACCUACUGUGAAGCAUGGGGGUGGAAACAUCAUGCUUUGGGGCUGUUUUUCUGCAAAGGGACCAGGACGACUGAUCCGUGUAAAGGAAAGAAUGAAUGGGGCCAUGUAUCGUGAGAUUUUGAGUGAAAACCUCCUUCCAUCAGCAAGGGCAUUGAAGAUGAAAUGUGGCUGGGUCUUUCAGCAUGACAAUGAUCCCAAACACACCGCCCGGGCAACGAAGGAGUGGCUUCGUAAGAAGCAUUUCAAGGUCCUGGAGUAGCCUAGCCAGUCUCCAGAUCUCAACCCCAUAGAAAAUCUUUGGAGGGAGUUGAAAGUCUGUGUUGCCCAGCGACAGCCCCAAAACAUCACUGCUCUAGAGGAGAUCUGCAUGGAGGAAGGGGCCAAAAUACCAGCAACAGUGUGUGAAAACCUUGUGAAGACUUACAGAAAACGUUUGACCUGUGUCAUUGCCAACAAAGGGUAUAUAACAAAGUAUUGAGAAACUUUUGUUAUUGACCAAAUACUUAUUUUCCACCAUAAUUUGCAAAUAAAUUCAUUAAAAAUCCUACAAUGUGAUUUUCUGGAUUUUUUUUCCCUCAUUUUGUCUGUCAUAGUUGACGUGUACCUAUGAUGAAAAUUACAGGCCUCUCUCAUCUUUUUAAGUGGGAGAACUUGCACAAUUGGUGGCUGACUAAAUACUUUUUUCCCCCACUGUAGGUCUGUAACAGUUUGGAUCUAGAGUGUCACCCCCUUUGAAGAGGGGGAUGGCCGCGGCAGCUUUCCAAUCUCUGGGGAUCUCAGAAGUUACGAAAGAGAGGUUGAACAGGCUAGUAAUAGGGGUUGCGACAAUUUCGGCGGCUACAGGAUGCAAAUUUCUGUUUGAAAAAGCUAGCCUUUGCUUUCCUAACUGCUUGUGUAUAUUGGUUCCUAACUUCCCUGAAAAGUUGCAUAUCGCGGGGGCUUUUCGAUGCUAAUGCAGUACGCCACAUGAUGUUUUUGUGCUGGUCAAGGGCAGUCAAGUCUGAGGAGAACCAGGGGCUAUAUAUGUUCUUAGUUCUGAUUUUUUUGAAUGGGGCAUGCUUAUUUAAGAUUGAGAGGAAAGCACUUUUAAAGAACAACCAGGCAUCCUCUACUGACAGAAUGAGAUCUAUAUCCAUCCAGGAUACCUGGGCCAGGUCAAUUAAGAAGGCCUGCUCGCUAAAGUGUUUUAGGGAGCGUUUGACAGUGAUGAGGGGUGGUCGUUUGACCGCGGACACGUUACAGACGCAGGCAGUGAUCGCUGAGAUCCUGGUUGAAGACAGCGGUGUAUUUAGAGGGUAAGUUAGUCAGGAUGAUAUCUAUGAGGGUGCCCAUGUUUACGGAUUUAGGGUUGUACCUGGUAGGUUCCUUGAUAAUUUGUGAGAUUGAGGGCAUCUAGUUUGGAUUGUAGGAUGGCCGGGGUGUUAAGCAUAUCCCAGUUUAGGUUACCAAGCAGUACGAACUCUGAGGAUAGAUGGGGGGCAAUCAAUUCACAUAUGGUGUCCAGGGCACAGUUGGGGUCUGUAGCAAGCGGCAACAGUGAGAGACUUAUUUCUGGAAAGGUGGAUUUUUAGAAGUAGGAGCUCAAACUGUUUGGGCACAGACCUGGAUAGUAUGAUAGAGCUCUGCAGGCUAUCUCUACAGUAGAUUGCAACUCCACCCCCUUUGGCAGUUCUAUCUAGACGGAAAAUGUUGUAGUUGGGGAUGGACAUUUCUGAAUUUUUGGUGGCCUUCCUAAGCCAGGAUUCAGACACUGCUAGAACAUCAGGGUUGGCGGAGUGUGCUAACGCAGUGAAUAACUCAAACUUAGGAAUGAGGCUUCUGAUGUUAACGUGCAGGAAACCAAGGCUUUUACGGUUACAGAAGUCAACAAAUGAUAGCUCAUGGGGAGUACAUUCACAAUUACAUUUACGUCAUUUAGCAGACGCUCUUAUCCAGAGCGACUUACAAAUAGGUGCAUUCACCUUAUAGCCAGUGGGAUAACCACUUAAAAAAAAAAAAAUUGGGGGGGGGGGGGGGGUUGGUUGGAGUAAAGGGGGGGGGGGGUAGAAGGAUUACUUUAUCCUAUCCCAGGUAUUCCUUAAAGAGGUGGGGUUUCAAAUGUCUCCGGAAGGUGGUGAGUGACUCCGCUGUCCUGGCGUCGUGAGGGAGCUUGUUCCACCAUUGGGGUGCCAGAGCAGCGAACAGUUUUGACUGGGCUGAGCGGGAACUGUGCUUCCGCAGAGGUAGGGGAGCCAGCAGGCCAGAGGUGGAUGAACGCAGUGCCCUCGUUUGGGUGUAGGGACUGAUCAGAGCCUGAAGGUACGGAGGUGCCGUUCCCCUCACAGCUCCGUAGGCAAGCACCAUGGUCUUGUAGCAGAUGCGAGCUUCCACUGGAAGCCAGUGGAGUGUGCGGAGGAGCGGGGUGACGUGAGAGAACUUGGGAAGGUUGAACACCAGACGGGCUGCGGCAUUCUGGAUGAGUUGUAGGGGUUUAAUGGCACAGGCAGGGAGCCCAGCCAACAGCGAGUUGCAGUAAUCCAGACGGGAGAUGACAAGUGCCUGGAUUAGGACCUGUGCCGCUUCCUGUGUAAGGCAGGGUCGUACUCUCCGAAUGUUGUAGAGCAUGAACCUACAGGAUCGGGUCACCGCCUUGAUGUUAGCGGAGAACGACAGGGUGUUGUCCAGGGUCACACCAAGGCUCUUCGCACUCUGGGAGGAGGACACAACGGAGUUGUCAACCGUGAUGGCGAGAUCAUGGAACGGGCAGUCCUUCCCCGGGAGGAAGAGCAGCUCCGUCUUGCCGAGGUUCAGCUUGAGGUGGUGAUCCGUCAUCCAUACUGAUAUGUCUGCCAGACAUGCAGAGAUGCGAUUUGCCACCUGGUUAUCAGAAGGGGGAAAGGAGAAGAUUAGUUGUGUGUCGUCUGUGUAGCAAUGAUAGGAGAGGCCAUGUGAGGAUAUGACAGAGCCAAGUGACUUGGUGUAUAGCGAGAAUAGGAGAGGGCCUAGAACUGAGCCCUGGGGGACACCAGUGGUGAGAGCACGUGGUGCGGAGACAGCUUCUCGCCACGCCACUUGAUAGGAGCGACCGGUCAGGUAGGACGCAAUCCAAGAGUGAGCCGCGCCGGAGAUGCCCAGCUCGGAGAGGGUGGAGAGGAGGAUCUGAUGGUUCACAGUAUCAAAGGCAGCAGGCAGGUCUAGAAGGACAAGAGCAGAGGAGAGAGAGUUAGCUUUAGCAGUGCGGAGAGCCUCCGUGACACAGAGAAGAGCAGUCUCAGUUGAAUGACCAGUCUUGAAACCUGACUGGUUUGGAUCAAGAAGGUCAUUCUGAGAGAGAUAGCAAGAGAGUUGGCUAAAGACGGCACGCUCAAUAGUUUUGGAGAGAAAAGAAAGAAGGGAUACUGGUCUGUAGUUGUUGACAUCAGAGGGAUCGAGUGUUGGUUUUUUGAGAAGGGGUGCAACUCUCGCUCUCUUGAAGACGGAAGGGACAUAGCCAGCGGUCAAGGAUGAGUUGAUCAGCGAGGUGAGGUAAGGGAGAAGGUCACCGGAGAUGGUCUGGAGAAGAGAGGAGGGGAUAGGGUCAAGCGGGCAGGUUGUUGGGCGGCCGGCCGUCACAAGUCGCAAGAUUUUAUCUGGAGAGAGAGGGGAGAAAGAAGUCAAAGCAUAGGGUAGGGCAGUGUGAGCAGGACCAGCAAUGUCAUUUGACUUAACAAACGAGGAUCGGAUGUCGUCAACCUUCUUUUCAAAAUGGUUGACGAAGUCAUCCAUAGAGAGGGAGGAGGGUGGGGGGAGGGGGAGGAGGAUUCAGCAGGGAGGAGAAGGUGGCAAAGAGCUUCCUAGGGUUAGAGGCAGAUGCUUGGAAUUUAGAGUGGUAGAAAGUGGCCUUAGCAGCAGAAACAGAUGAAGAAAAUGUAGAGAGGAGGGAGUGAAAAGAUGCCAGGUCCGCAGGGAGUCUAGUUUUCCUCCAUUUCCGCUCGGCUGCCCGGAGCCCUGUUCUGUGAGCUCGCAAUGAGUCAUCAAGCCACGGAGCUGGAGGGGAGGACCGAGCCGGCCGGGAGGAUAGGGGACAUAGAGAGUCAAAGGAUGCAGAAAGGGAGGAGAUGAGGGUUGAGGAGGCAGAAUCAGGAGAUUGGAGGGAAAAGGAUUGAGCAGAGGGAAGAGAUGAUAGGAUGGAAGAGGAGAGAGUAGCGGGAGAGAGAGAGCGAAGGUUGCGACGGCGCAUUACCAUCUGAGUAGGGGCAGAGUGAGUAGUGUUGGAGGAGAGCGAGAGAGAAAAGGAUACAAAGUAGUGGUCGGAGACAUGGAGGGGAGUUGCAGUGAGAUUAGUAGAAGAACAGCAUCUAGUAAAGAUGAGGUCAAACGUAUUGCCUGCCUUGUGAGUAGGGGGGGACGGUGAGGGGGUGAGGUCAAAAGAGGAGAGGAGUGGAAAGAAGGAGGCAGAGAGAAAUGAGUCAAAGGUAGACGUAGGGAGGUUGAAGUCCCCCAGAACUGUGAGGGGUGAGCCAUCCUCAGGAAAGGAACUUAUCAAGGCGUCAAGCUCAUUGAUGAACUCUCCAAGGGAACCUGGAGGGCGAUAAAUGACAAGGAUAUUAAGCUUAAAUGGGCUAGUGACUGUGACAGCAUGGAAUUCAAAUGAGGAGAUAGACAGAUGGGUCAGGGGAAAAAUAGAGAAUAUCCACUUGGGAGAGAUGAGGAUUCCUGUGCCACCACCCCGCUGACCAGAUGCUCUCGGGGUAUGCGAGAACACAUGGACAAACGAGGAGAGAGCAGUAGGAGUAGCAGUGUUUUCAGUGGUAAUCCAUGUUUCCGUCAGCGCCAAGAAGUCGAGGGACUGGAGGGUAGCAUAGGCUGAGAUGAACUCUGCCUUGUUGGCAGCAGAACGGCAGUUCCAGAGGCUGCCUGAGACCUGGAACUCCAUGUGGGUGGUGCGUGCAGGGACCACCAGGUUAGAGAGGCAGCAGCCACGCGGUGUGAGGCGUUUGUAUAGCCUGUGUGGAGAGGAGAGAACAGGGAUAGACAGAGGCAUAGUUGACAGGCUGCAGAAAAUGGCUACAAUAAUGCAAAGGAGAUCGGAAUGAAAUGAACUAAACAUCUGGGAAAGGAGAGAGCGGGGCCUCCCUCACCACAACACCCAAAUAUAACUCUCCCAACUUCCACCUCAGAAACUAUAAUUGUUGUAAACUACAGCGGUACAAUGUUUUCUAGGAAUAGACUAACUUAGUUUAUUCAGCUAGCUAACUAGGUACAGUAUUCUUCCGUGAAAAUCGUCCAGGGCACCUAGUCUUAAGACGCCACAGCCAGCUAGCAUGCCGAACUCCAACAACACGGUUUAGCACCAAUACUCGGCCACAACAAACCACCAGUGUGUCAACACGCCAAGCAGAUCGUUCGUGUCCGUGUCUAACGUUGUGGGUUAGUCCCGACAGCUUGAGCAAGUCCGUCGUCAACUUAUUCAGCCAGUUAGUUAGCUAGAAUAGUUAGCAUACUAGCUAGCCAUUGCUUUCAGACAAAGAAGAAACCCCUCCUUUCACGGCACGAACACACAGAGAAGGCCAAGCUAACGUUAACUAGUCACCCAUGUCCCGAAUUCCUUGAACGACUCUGGCUACCAAUAUGUAAAAACAAAACACAAAUGUAGGUUAUGACUUACCCCUAGCAGCUACUGUUAGCUAGCCAAGUGCAAAGCUAGCCACUGAAUUGAGUCAGCCAGUUCGCGUCUGUUUGCUAGGUCGUUCCAGCUAUUGUUUACUAGUAGCUAUCCAGGUAGCAACAAGCUAGCUAAAUUUCAAGCACAGUAGCCACUUACUACCUAACGUUAACGGUUCAGACAAUGAUUAGCCAACAACAACAUCCAUUUGGUUGCAGCUAGCUAGUUGCGAUGAUCCGGUGUUAAAGGUCCAGUGAUUUAGUGAUUCCGGCAGAAAAUCCGAUAUGUUCUGGGUCGAUAACGCGCUGUGCAGACAGUGCAGACUGGCCGAUAAUAGUCCAGGCUAGAGCUGGCUGGUAGGUAGUGCAGGCCACGGACAAUGGUGAAAAACCGCUAACGGUGGCUAAUAGCAAGUAGCUAGUUAGCUGGCUACUCCCGUCCAGUAGACAAAGAGGUAGAUAGCCGGGAUAUGGGCCUGGCACGAGGCUAGCUCAAGGCUAACUGGUGCUUGCUUCGGGGGCAGUGGUGAUUAGCCUACAGCAACAUCCAUUCAGUUGCGGCUAGCUAGUUGUGAUCCGGUGUUAAGGUCCAGUGAUUCAGUUAUUCCGGCAGAACAUCUGAUGUUCUGGGUGAAAACCGCUAACGGUGGCUAAUAGCAAGUAGCUAGUUAGCUGGCUAGCUAGUUUCAACUGGAGAUUCUAGAUAAAGGUGAGUAAAUAAAUAUAAUCCGUUCCACAUUGAGUGAGGCGGGUUGCAGGAAUGUAUAUUUAGUAGAAGGAUGAAAAGUGUGAUAGGGAAAUAUAUGUAAAAUACAAAACAAAAUAAAAAAAACAGGCUAUUUACAUGGACAAACAGAGAACACGACCGCACUGCUACACCAUCUUGGAUAUCUCUCUCUCUCAGCUGUUGGAGCAGGCUCUGGUGAUAGAGGAGCAGUUAAGGAGGGCAGCGUACCUGAAUAUGACCCAGGACCCCAGCCACCCGGCCAUGGCCCUGAAUACCCGCUUUGCUGAGGUGGAGUGUCUGGCUGAGUCUCACCAGCACCUGUCCAAGGAGUCUCUGGCCGGGAACAAGCCAGCCAACGCUGUGCUGCACAAAGGUCUGUCAUCUCCCAGUGUGUACACAGCAGCAGGACUAAAACACUGUCUACAAACUCAAGAUCUGGGUGAAUAAAAAUUAAGUAUUGCAUCAACUGUAGAUAAGAUUGGAUACAUUAGUGCAUUCUUGUCAUUGAUGGUGCGUGCAUGUGUGUGUGUAUUCCAGUACUGAACCAGCUGGAGGAGCUGCUGAGUGAUAUGAAGGCGGAUGUGACGCGACUUCCCAACAUGUUGUCCCGGAUCCCCCCGGUGUCUGCCCGACUGCAGAUGUCUGAGAGGAGCAUCCUCAGCCGCCUCACCAGCCGCGGCAACGAACCUCCGCCCCAACAGGUACUGUACAGGCAUGGGCUCGGUUAUGGUGAUAGGUGGGUUAGGAUUUGUACAAUUAGGUUUAGUUUGGUUGGGACAAGAUUAGGUUCAGGGUUCUGUAGGUUUGGCUUUGUUUAGUUGGGGUGGUUUGGUUUGGUAAGUAAUUUUGGUUGAUUCCUUCAUUGACAGGGUGUGUAAAAUGUGUUCUGUACUCUACCUCCAGCCGUUCAGCCAGGGCUCAUUUGCCUGUUCCCAGAUGUACAGCACUGGUUUUGGGGGCAGCUUCCGGGGGCCUGUGGGAGGAGCCAUGGUCAACUACAGCCAGAUGCCCCUGGGACCCUACGUCAGUGGUAAGAGGCCUGUCUCUGCAUGACUGUAUUUCUAACUGUAGGAUAAGAUGUUUCAUAUCUGAUCAGCUGAGGACAGAUGGAACACUGUAAGAUGAAAUGCUACUCUGCGUCCCUUUCUAAUAAUAUGUUAGGGAAUGAAUAGCUUAAAAUGUUUUAUGUGGGUCAUUUAUUUUUCUGAGAACACUUUCUUUGGUAUCCCUGUUUGGUAUCCCUUCACCCCCCCCCCCCCCCCAAAUUAUUCCCCCCUUGGGGCCCCCUCUUCUAGUGUCCAACGGCCCCCCACCCCCGUCCAGCCACCUGGACAAGAAGUCCUGCGACCCGCUGAGGGACGUCACCACCCCUGAUCUCAAGUCAGGCAAGCCCAGUGAUGUCAUCUGUAUUGAAGAUUAG